AUGAAGUUGACUUCUGUUCUGUUUGCCCUUCUGGCUUCUGGGGUAACUGCUGCUCAAAAGGCCUGCCCAGGCUACCGUGCUACCAACGUCCAGCAGACUGCGAAUGGCUUGACCGCUGAUCUCAAUCUCGCAGGCCCAGCUUGUAACGUCUACGGCGCUGACUUGCGGAAUCUCACCCUCACUGUUGAGUACCAGUCUGCUUCGAGGCUCCAUGUAAUCAUCGAGGACCAGAACCAGACCGUCUAUCAGGUUCCUGAGUCGGUUCUUCCUCGCCCCAAUGCCACAGCGGGAACUACGGCCUCUAAUUCUCAGCUUGUGUUUGACUACACAGAGAACCCUUUUAGCUUCUCUGUCUCUCGUUCUUCCGGAGAGGUCCUCUUCAACACGUCCGGGCCUCCCAUCAUCUUCGAGUCUCAAUAUCUCAGGCUCCGGACGUCGUUGCCCAGCCAUCCAAAUUUGUACGGCCUUGGUGAACACUCGGAUCACUUCAGAUUGAACACCUCCAAUUACACCAGGACGUUGUGGUCCCGCGAUGCUUAUGGCAUCCCCCAGGGCACCAAUUUAUAUGGGAAUCAUCCAGUAUACAUGGAUCACCGAGGGUCGAAUGGCACGCAUGGAGUGCUGUUCUUGAACUCCAAUGGUAUGGACAUCAAGAUCAACGACACUGCUGGACAAUACCUCGAAUACAAUACCCUUGGGGGCGUCCUGGACUUCUACUUCCUGGCCGGACCUUCUCCCAUUGAAGUGUCCCAGCAAAUCUCCGAGGUCGUCGGAAAACCUGCGAUGAUGGCGUAUUGGACCUUUGGAUUCCAUCAAUGCAGAUAUGGCUACAAGGAUGUUUACGAAGUCGCCGAAGUCGUGCACAACUAUAGCGCAGCCAACAUACCGUUAGAGACCAUGUGGACGGACAUUGAUUAUAUGGACGCCCGAAAGGUCUUCACUUUGGAUCCACAACGCUUCCCUCUGCACAAGAUGCGCGAGUUGGUAACUUAUCUCCACGCACAUCAGCAGCAUUAUAUUGUGAUGGUGGAUCCAGCAGUCGCGUAUCAGAACUAUUCGGCAUUCAACAACGGCAACAACUCGGGUGUCUUCAUGAAGAGGGCAGACGGGUCAGUAUUCGAGGGCGUCGUCUGGCCCGGCCCAACCGUGUUCCCAGAUUGGUUCCAUCCAGAUACCCAAGACUAUUGGAAUGGCGAAUUUGCGUCCUUCUUCAGCCCCGAGACUGGGGUGGAUAUCUCAGGACUUUGGAUUGACAUGAACGAAGCCUCAAACUUCUGCAACUAUCCAUGCUCCAACCCAAGUGCAUUUGCUAAAGAAAACGGGUUUCCUCCGAAGCCGGCGGCACUGCGCAAUGGCCCUGCUAUUGCCCUCCCCGGCUUUCCGCCAGACUUCCAACCACCAUCAAAUACUAAACGACAAGCACCGAAUACAGGCGACAUGCUAGGUCUCCCAGGCCGGAAGCUGAUCAACCCUCCUUACAUGAUCCAGAAUGCUGCGGGUAGCUUGUCCAACAAGACAUUGAACACCGACCUCGUUCAUUACAACGGCCUUGUUGAGUACGACACCCACAACCUGUACGGCACCAUGAUGUCGUCGACGUCACGCGGCGCUCUUCUCAACCGGCGUCCCGGCGAGCGACCACUGGUCAUCACACGCAGCACCUUCCUUGGAGCCGGUGCCCAUGUCGGCCAUUGGACUGGGGACAACGUUGCCAACUGGGAUCAAUACGAAAUCAGCAUCUCAGACAUGUUGAACUUUGCCUCUAUUUUCCAGUUGCCCAUGGUCGGAUCUGAUGUUUGCGGAUAUUCUUCCAACUCUAGCGAAAGACUCUGCGCGCGCUGGAUGAUGCUGGGGGCUUUCCAAACAUUUUAUCGCAACCACAAUGAGCUCGGAGCCCGACCUCAAGAAGCCUAUCGCUGGCCAAUUACUGCUCAGGCGUCCCGGAACGCGAUUGACAUCCGCUACCGUGCUCUUGAUUAUCUCUAUACCGCCUUUUGGACGCAGACGCAAAAUGGCAAGCCUGUUUUGAACCCUAUGUUCUAUCUAUACCCCGAAGACACCAAGACAUUUGGCAUCGAUGCUCAGUUCUUCUUUGGCGAUUCGAUGCUGGUAUCUCCCGUGACAGGUGCGAACAAAACGACAGUGCGUAUUUAUCUGCCUGACGACAUAUUCUACGACUGGAACGACGGAUUUAGCCCGGUGCGAGGUAAUGGGUCGAUGACAACCUUGACCGACGUCAACUUCACCACCAUCCCACUCCACGUCCGGGGCGGUGCAAUUCUCCCUCUUCGAGUUGAGAGCACAAACACUACAGCCGAGCUGCGUACGAAAGGAUUCCAUCUCUUGAUUGCGCCUGGCACGGAUGGCGCGGCAAACGGAUCGCUCUACCUGGACGACGGGCUGAUGAUUGAGCAGCCCGGCACGACGUUGAUCAACUUCACGUACACCAAUGGCGCUUUCUCGAUGUCCGGCGACUACACUUAUCCAGCCAACGUCAGCAUCGAAAGGAUCACGAUUUGCGGUGUCGGAUCGGCGCCCCAAACCGUCAACGUACCUGGUGCACCCAACACGACCUUUUCGUAUGACAAUGCAACUAUGGCGGUCACAAUCCACACCAGCAUCCCGUUGACGCAGGAUGCUAGCUUCCAGUUGCCGGCAUCACAGAGUUAG